AUGACAUCGUCGUUUCUACUUUGUAAAGUAUUCAUGGACCGAUUAACUUAUGGCAAUCGUUUUAAUCUUGAUCGAUGGAAUGAUGCUGUUACCAAGCGACCUCCUCAUGUUGGACUAAUUACUGUUUCUAAUCAUCACUGUUGUGUUGAUGAUCCUGGUCUAUUAGGCCUACUACCUGCCUCUACUAUUAUGCAGUAUAAACUGAUGAGAUGGACUCUAGCUGCCAAUAAUAUCUGCUUUACCAGCUUUCCUUUAACCUUACUCUUUACAAGUGGUCGGGUUGUUCCUGUUGUCCGUGGAGAUGGCAUUUAUCAGCCAGGAGUUGAUUGGGCUAUAGAAAAAUUAGAUGAAGGUGAUUGGGUGCAUAUUUUCCCGGAAGGCGGAGUCAAUAUGGCUAAAACCCCAAUGAGGAUCAAAUGGGGUAUUUCAAGACUAAUAAUGGAAGCUAAAACCCCUCCAAUUGUAUUACCUUAUUGGCAUGAAGGUGAAUAUCUAAGCAGGAACUUAGUCUUUACUGAUGAUUGUCCAACGGAUACUGUAUACAGUAACCUGUGUCGCCUUAAACCUGAUCGUUGA